ACUAGACAGACUCUACGCUGGCCGAAGGGCUAUGAAUGUUGGUGAAAAUGUUUUGAGUGAUAAAUGUAGCUGAAUUUCCAAACAUAUUCGAUCUAGAAAUGUCGGGACGAGAUAGCUACAGAUACAGUUCAAAAUACUCAGCAGGAUCUUCAAGCCAUGGCCAGUCAAGGGAGCGGUCGAGAUCCCCCCUGGACGAUGAUAGACGACCAAGAAAUCCAGAUCCUCCUAAGCCGAAACCCAUUCUGAUAGGCAACAAAAAUAAACCCUCAGGCGGAAUUCAAAUGAAACUGCAAGCACCCAACUUGCAGCAGGCAAGCAAAGCUGAAGCGCCAGUGGUCAAACCAAAGAAAAAUUUAGUUGCAGCUGUCUUCAAUGACGACAGCGAUUCCGAGCCAGAAGAAAUGCCACCCGAAGCAAGAAUGCGCAUGAAAAAUAUUGGACGGGACACUCCCACAUCAUCCGGGCCAAACUCCUUUGGUAAGACGAAGCAAGGAUUUUGCGAUCCCAGCAAGCUAUUUGAGAUGUCUGUUAAGAAGUUGCAGGAAGAGUCUCCAAGGUCAUGAAGCGUAAUUAAUUGUAUUAUUUCUACGUAUUGCACUCAUCUUUAUUACUAUUAUGUGCAAAAAUCGAAACAAUUUCUGUUCAGUUAUUUACAUACAAUUUUCAUUUUUCUUGUGGUGCUUUUGAUAGAAAAAAUGUAAAAAUCAUGAUCUUCAACACUGUAGGAUUUCAAAACACGUAAUUGAAAAUUAAACGAUGUACAUUUAAGUCUA